AUGACGACAGAACGGAGCAAAAGAUAUCCCCCUUCGCAUGGAAUCGAACCAUGCACCUCCUGCUUACCGGGCAGACGUAUUAACCAUUUUACUAGAAAGGGUAUCUCUCUCCGUCUUACGAUUGUAUGGGAACAAUACGAUCGUAACAUUGGUCAUAUUAUAGCUAAAGCUAUAUUUGAUAAUAAAUAUAUGGAUUGCUAUUUUACACGAUCCUUUUAUAAACAUAUAUUAGGUGUACCUGUACGUUAUAUGGAUAUGGAAUCUGUUGAUUCACAAUUUUAUAAAAGUUUAGUUAUGUUAUUAGAAAAUGACAUACAUGAAUGGGAUUUAGGCUUAAUAUUUUCAUUAGAUGCAUUUGAAUUUGGUGAAAAUAAAGUUAUUGAAUUAAUACCCAAUGGUUCAACUACUAUAGUUACAAAUGACGAAUAA